GUUCAGCCUCCACCUCUGCUAGUCCCAGCACCCCGGACCUGUUCGUGCUCAGGGCGCCGAUUGACAUGGCCUGACAAGGACAACCUUAUUUCGAUGUUCCGCCGGGCAUGCUGACCCCGAUCCGAGUCCGUGGUCGUCGAAAAAGAAGACUUUCCGACGCGGCUGAUGCCCAGCAGCGCAGCCCCCAUGAUGCGACGACGGCCACUGCACGGCGACGACCAAAGGGCGGUCGGCCUUUGAUGUCCAUCGAGCAGAAGCUAACCUCGUCUCAAUCCCAAAGUAACAAACGUGCGCGGUUGCUGAUCGUCAAGCCGUCUAAGCCGCGCCCAAAGCGCUCAAGGCUGGAAGCUCUGCCGGUGGAGCUCAUCGAGAAGAUCUUCUUGUAUUCGUUGAACGCAAACCUCCCGCGGGCAUCACCAUCCCUGGCCGCUGCAGUCUCCAGUGAACGGAUCUAUCGUGCCCUGGUAUUGCUCGCCUUUUGGAAUGACACCUCGUCGUCGCCUCCGAAUACCUCCGGUACUACGAUCGCGAAAAUCCUCCGGCCUCUGGACUAUGUCCCUCUCGACUAUGACGAGCGCAAAGCCCUUCAGAUUUCCAUCAUGCGCUGUAAAUGGUGCACCGUCGACCGGUUGCUCUCCCAACUCCCCAACCUCAUGAAUCUCACAAUCCAACGACACUGGGUAAACGCGGGGAUGCGCAUGACGGCCGAUCAAGAGGCGGGACUCGCGCGCUUCCUGUCCCGACAAGAAGACCUGCGCACCUUCGAAGGCACCGGCACAGACAACGCCCACUACACUCUCUCCAUCACACCUCUCGUCUCGAUCCGCAUCACCUGCCACGAAACCGACCAACAGCAAACGCACCAAAUCCUCGGCAUUCUUGACUUCCCCCAGAAGCUGCUUAGCGGCGGCGGCCAGAGCAGCCAUGACGACGAGCCCGCCCUCUUCACCCGGGACCAUGUCGCCUGUCUCGAAAUCCUCCGCGUCACCAGCGGUUUCGCGCGCCCCGACCUCAUCCACACCGGGAUCCGCGUCUCCCGAGAAGCCACACAAGCCGGUAUCCACGCGGCACUGGUCGAGAACAACGAGCGCGCCCUCGCCACCCUCCUCAAAAUCGACGAGUACGUCUUCCGCAGCGAAAACACCUCCGUCGUGCAGGCCGGCCCGGACAACGACACGCCACCCUACACCCUCCCCGCCGAACACUACCGCACGGCGGUGCGCGUCGCACGCCACGACCCCUCGUUCUUCCAGCUCCUUCUCCGCGCCAGCACCGAGUCCAUCCCCGCCGAUGACUCGGAGAUCACGGAGUGGGCCAUGGGCAUGAACGAUUCCUUCGGCCACUGGCUGCUCGAUCUGAUGCUUCAUCUGCCGCAGCGGGUUGAGGCGGCGCGGGCCAAUCCUGCAGAGGGGGCGGUGUUCUAUCUCGGCAGGGCCAAUGGGCAGGUUGAUCUGGCGAGACGAUAUCUGCGUGAUGUGCUGGGUGUAGAAGAGCUGGGGAGUUGGAUGGAAGAGAGUGAGGUUGAUGUGGAGGGGUUGUGGACUGAUGGGUCUGCUUAGUAUCUAUCUAUCUAGUAGUUAUCUGUCGCUAGAUGAGUUGGUUAUCAUGCUGGCUGUAUGGUACAAUAUCAUAAUCAUAAUUAAUGUAAUGGUUC